CGCUGGGCAGUUUGCGCACAUCCCGUAGAGGUUUCGAUAAUGGCGUCUGUCUCCGAGAUGCGCUCGGCUUUGGAAAAAUGAAGCGUAGAAGAGCUCAUUUCCAGUGAUUGACGCGCGGUUUCCAUUCGCGGACUUUGCCUCACUUCAGGUUCAGGUUCCGAUCUCAGUCGUGACGCCCAGCCCGAGAUGAUGAAGCUCAAAUCGAACCAAACGCGCACCUAUGAUGGAGACGGCUACAAGAAGCGGGCCGCCUGCCUGUGCUUCAGAAACGAGACCGAGCAGGAGGUGUUACUGGUGAGCAGCAGCAGAUAUCCAGACAAAUGGAUCGUACCCGGAGGAGGAAUGGAGCCCGAGGAAGAGCCCAACGUCGCUGCUGCCCGAGAAGUCUGUGAAGAGGCUGGUGUCAAGGGCACUUUAGGACGACUAGUAGGAAUAUUUGAGAAUCGAGAUAGGAAACACAGAACGUAUGUCUACGUUCUCAUCGUAACCGAAGUUCUGGAAGAUUGGGAGGAUUCGGUCAACAUUGGGAGAAAAAGGGAAUGGUUCAAAAUCGAAGAUGCCAUAGAAGUGUUGCAGUGUCACAAACCAGUACAGGCCACUUACUUCGAGGCCCUACAGGAAGGCUGUCUGAACAGUAACGGGACGCCCCUGGUGGCCACGAUAGGUGGCGAUCUUUCGCCCACCUACAGCAUUAAUCAGAGCUCGGUCUCUGAUAUCAGAUAACUAAUGCAAAACACAGACACUCCGGAUGCUUCCACCACUCUUGCUCUUACUCUCAUUUAUUCUAUCAUUCUCUUGAUUAUUUUCCUUUAAAAACAGACACGAAAACAACGGUUUGCCAAGGCUUUUUAAGCACCGAAGACGGUGGCGCAGACAUCAAGUGUUGAUUGAAUAUUCGAAACGACGUUUUGUAAAUGUUUUGCUUUUUCCUGUUUAAUCCUCCCUUCAUGCGGACUGUUGCAUGAAACCCGCGUCCCACGUCCUUUUAGCGGCCCAAGUGUGAGAUUAAACGAAUGCAAGAACUACUUUUUACUGUUGUGAUGUAAAAAUAUACACAUGGUGCGUCAGCAUGUGGCUUUCAGUAUUUUUACACACUCGAUUUCCUCUGCGUGCGUAUGUGCGAACGCGUUUUUCGUUAGUUCUCUUCCCACGGUUGCGAGAGGAAACCUUUGGUCGUCUGAAUGGUGGAACUGUGAGAAGUGAAUAGUUUUGCAUGAACACUGGUAUUUAUUUGUCUUACGAGUUUGCGUGAUGCGAUGAAUGUUUAACCUGUACUUUGUGUUAAAUUGUUGCUCUUAACUUACCCUUUUUUUGUCUUGCCAUCUUGUAAAUAACAUAUGGGCCUGCAAAAACGUAUACGUAUUUAAUUUAUACUAGUACCUGAUUAGACUGGAGUGCAAUUCUACAAGCACACACUUUUUUUAAUCCAGUACAUUUUUCUCCGAGGUUUGAAGGACUGAAUUUUGCAAACUUUACAAUGACUCUUGUAAGUUUGUGCCACUAGCAGUUCCAAUUCAUUGCAACAGAAUUGUUCGGACAUUAUUUUUGCAAUUCCAUUUGGUGCCGCUAGUGAUGCAGAGACAAAACAAUUCCCCUUUCAGCAGACUGUGAUAUAGUGGUGGUUUGAUUUGGCAGGUCGUUGUUGUGCUGUAAUGGUUUUCUGUAGCACUUUUUAAAAUCAACAUGAAAAAAACUCAAUUUACUUUUUUAUAUAUUGUUUUGGUUUCAUCAAUGCGCCGUUUUGUGCAACUACAAUCCCAUUCUGGUAAAAAAACACCCACUUUUCUUGAUGCAGUCACUUCUAGAUGGAUACAAGUCUCGUUUCAUUGCUUCCUCACAAUAUUUUAGACAUUUUAAAGAAGUAAAAUGGGUUGCACAUACCAUGUUGAAUUAAAAAAGUGCCACGGUAGACGGAGUGGACAAUUUAAUCAGAAGUAGCUUGGAAAUCCUCUCCCUAAACUAGAAGAUUCAUUUCGAUUUUCAAAACAAUCAAACUAUGAACUAUUAUAACAUUACGUGACAGUUUAAAAAAUCUUCACGAACCACAUGAAUUCAGAAUAGACGUUUUUACUUUCUUAAUGUGUUUAAUAUAUUAUUGAGCAUGAUUCAGAUACCAUCAAUAAUGAGCGGUUGAUCCUGGAUCCUUUUUAUUCUAGAAUAUACUGACAUACAACAGAAUAGUUCAUCCAAAAAUAAAAAUUGUGUCAUUAUUUACUUAUCCUCAAGUUGUUUCAAACCUGUAUGAGUUUUUUUCAUCUGUUGAACACAAAAGAAGAUAUUAUAUUAACCAAAAAAUUGACGGUAGCCAUUGACUUGCAUAGUUACUAUGGAAGUCAAUGGCUACCAUCAACUGUUUGGUUACCAACAUUUUAUUUUUGUGUAUCUUGUGAGUAAAUAAUGAUAGAAUUUUCAUUUUUUAAUGGAACUAUUUCUUUAAGAAAGUAAAAUGGGUUUUGUGUUCAUUUUAGCUUUUAGCAGAUGUUUACAUUUCAUUGACACCAUAACAACUCUCAAAUGAGCUAUUUCAGUGGAAAUGUUUAUGUAGGCUAAUAUAUUAUUAUUUUUUGCACUAAAUUAGCUCUAGUCUGCACUAGGACAGUUUUCAAGUCAUGUUUUGAGGGCGCUCUUGAUGGAUCUUCAGGAGAUCCCUGAAAUUGUUUCAUCUUCCCUUAGUAGAUUUGGCCAUUAAUAUUCUUCUAACAGCAAUUGCCGAAGGUGUUUUCACCUCAUCAGUCCAGCUGAUGAGGUUUUCGGUUGUUUUAACCUCUCACCCUUUUUAGAAAUCACAUCAUCUUCAUCUACAACUCAUUUAAGCGUCUUCUUUUGAAAUGUCUUGGAAGCCGAACUGCACGCUCUGUAAAGCGCUUUGAACGCAGCGGUUGGUCGCAAUACUGUGAAUCUUGAGCCACUGUAGUUAGCGAGAUGUUUUGGUGUCUUUUAAUUGCUCUUGUACAGAUCAAAACGUCAAAUUCGAGUGCUUGUCGUUAUGAUGUAUAGAUAUGGUACACGUUAGGUUGGGCGAUUUAUUUCCUUUGAGACUGAACCGCGUCGUUUUGCUCCUCCGGGAGUUUUAAGUGCAUUUAUGAUGCAAGAUCCUUAUGAAGUACAUUUUUAAUUCAACACUUUUUAUUGUUCGUCUGACUGCAAAGUGAGUAAUGGUGAACCCAAGAUCUAAAUCGUGAAUGAACAUAUGUAUGAAUUUAUGUUUACAUGCCUUUGAUUAAUAUCUAUCAACACUAAUGAUUUUGAAGCUGAUUGCAAGUCUUUCUCUUUCACUUUUAGUGUAGCAUGUAAUAGCUAAUUGAGAGUGUUUUCAUGAUUGAAAUAUGUGCUGGCCAUACUAAUGUACCCUUCAUUUUUAAUAGCACAGCAGCGUAUAAAAUAGCUUUUUGACUUGUGUAGUAAGUGGAAGUGGCUGCGUCCGUAGCCGAUCAUUGCUGUGAACAAACGUCUCUGAGCACAGUCGUUUCAAAUAUCCUACAAAUCUAAACUGCUGCAUUUGAAGUAUAUCACAGACCAUGUGAAAUACUCCUUGACGAACAUCUCACGGAAAGCACCUUAAAUUUGCCCUGCUUGUGACUUUGAAUGUAAACUUUCAAGAGUUCACCCUGGUAAACAUGAUGUAAUUGGUUUAAAUGAGAUGCUGGAAGGAUGACUGAAAUCUCCAAACACUCCGAAACAAAAGCUGUGACUCUUUAGUUUCACAGCUGCACCCUUCACUGGAAUAUUUUGCUUUUUCAUUUUGGGAUUGUGAAAUCAACCAGUAAUGAGAAUGUAAUAUAAAUGUGCCAACUAAUAAACACCAGUAUUUCACCUUAA